AAAGUCUUUUUACCACCAGACUUUGAUGAGUUGUCAUGAGUGAACUCAUCGGAAGUGGAAACCAAGCUGGACCUUCAUACCAAGGUGGAUCCGUGUCCUAUCCCACAUUAGACAUGUUUUCUUUUCCCUUUGAGACUGGAUCGAUGACCGGAUGGAUAUACGACCACCAUGGAAGAUGAUUUUAUGGCCCUUUGCACAUGCAGUUCAUCUGCUUUAAUGCCGUUACGAACCGGGAGAUGCCUGGAGAAAGAGAGUGCAUCUGUUGGGCGGUCUCUACUGUCCAGUGCAUCAGUGAUUGCAUCAGUACAGGCGUUCAGGAUCUGUUUUGUUUUGUUGCUUCUCGGAUACCACUCUGGACCCUGCUGCCUGGAUCCCUGCUACCACUGAGCUUGAUCGUCUACGUUCCUUUUCCCUUCUAUUUCUGUUGGGUGGGUCUUCUGGAUUCUAAUAGAGGCGUUGGCUUCGGACCAGGCAGCAUGGCAGAGGCGUACUUGUGUAUAUAUAUGUAUGCGCGGCUCAGGCACACGAUGGAAUACCUUUCACUCUUCAGACCCUUUCUCUUCCAGAGGAACGUCCCGCAUGGAGAUCAAUCUUUGCCUGUGGAUCUUGCUGCUAACCUUUCUAGUUUCCACCGUGCAUUACAAAGUGACCUUUUGGAAAUGGACCGCCCGGUAGGACCAGGACUUUCAUUCUUCAGCUACCGUUGGAAAAUUGCAUUCUUUGUGUCCUUUUUUUCAUCGGAUUCGCCCUGGCAUGCAAGGUUCCACCAAAUGGUUGAUUACCGGACUUGGCCAGGAAUCCCGUGGAAAGUCAACUGCCUAGGAACCGCAAACCUGUGUCUACCCUGUAGCUUCUACCGUGUGGAUCUGGGCUUAUUUUUGUGCGUGAAAGAGUUCCUGGGAUCCAAGGAUCAUGAACCAUGAUUGAAUUGAGAAUAUCCGCUCUUCGGCAAUGCAUUGGCCGUUGAUAUCCGGGAGCAGGUUGGUUUCUAAGCUCCCUCUUCCUGGAUCGCAGAAUAGGAGGCCGCCGGAAGUGUCUAUUGAGAGGCAUCUAAUCACACGUCUACUGCAUGGAAUCCGGGUUUCUGAAGCCUUACAUGGACACCCAUCACAGACAGCCUUGAGGCCAGCAGGCUCGGGUUCCUACAUGUCUAAUUCUAAUAACCGACAACGGUUCCCACUCCGCGGCAAACAGGCCUAGACAUGACUCCAACUAUGAGACUACUUCGGAUCCGCUGUUUGCCCAGUUCAAUUAUGAUGUUCUGCU